AUGCAGGUCGUCUGGGAGGCAGACACUGCGGCCUUUGCAAGUCGAAAGCGCGCUGCAAGGGCGUGUGUAAAAUGUCGCGCUGCCAAAAAGCGCUGCCACCACACCUUUCAGCGCCCUCCGGAGCAAAAGGCCGACUCGGAUGGCCUCGACAGGGUGCUGCCCAAUCUGACUCACAAAGAGCCAAUCCGUUUCGUUGGCGAUCUGAAUCCAGAGUCCAUUCUCACGGACCUCUCAUCUCGUGCCAAAGGUGGCACACGGAUAAGUCGCGUUGGCACUUGGGUUGAACAGUCCCGCCACCCACACGACACAUUUGCACCAGAGGACUUGGGUCCGCCGGUACGUUCGUGUAACAAGACGCCGAUCAACGUCGAGAAAUACGGCAAGUUUGAAGGUGGCCGCCGCGUGCUCACGGGGCAUCAACGGAACUACUUGCAAGCCGUGGGCGCGUUCAGAGUGCUGCCCAAGGCCACCCAAGAUGCCCUGAUCCCAACUUUCAUCUCGUGUCUGGAUGGGAUCCUCCCGAUCUUGUAUGGACCCAAACUGCUUAAGGAAUGGACUGAUGGCCGCUGUUCGAUAUUCCUCAUCCAGGCGAUAUGUCUGGUCACCUGCAAGACCGAGGAGGCGGCCCCCUUCCUUCGGCUUUACGACGACGGCCCACUUCUCGACCCGAUACCGUUUGCGAGAAGUCUGCACACCGGCCUCGACGCAGCUAUGAAGGCAGACCUCGAGCCAGACCGCGUCACCAAAAUCCAGAUUCUGACCUUGAUGCAUCUACACAAUGACGGACCCGGGGGGCUGGAGGAAUCGUCGCUGAAUCUAUCCCAAGCCAUACACGAUGCCUGGUCAAUAGGACUGCACAUCCUCACUCCAGGUCGAACAUACAAAGAUCAGUUCAGUAUGCUCUGGUGGACGAUAUGGGCUCUGGACAAGUUCAAUGCCUGUCUCGGCGGCCGUCCCGUGAUGAUAGCAGACCGAGACAUCGACAUCUCGCCGCCGCCGCUGGAGGCUACGCCAAAAUCUCAAGUCAUCACCAUCUGGCUCCGUCUUGGCCACCUACUCGACAAGGUGAUCGAGUUCUAUCGACCGACAGCCAACCCAGAUGACACCGGCUGGGAGACAGAAUUCCCUACGUUUGCAUCGCUUGUUUCGGACAUUGAUCUCGACGCCCACCCACUCGGUGAACAACACAUUCUAGAAAUUUGCUACCUCGUCAUCGCAAUUCUAUCAUGCCGUGUAGGUGGUCCCACGACAGCAAGUUACGCGCGACGCAUCAGUGCCGCAGACCGCAUCCAACAACUCGUCUCUGGAGACGGACAUAAACAGAUUCCACCGUUACCCCUUGUCCCGUACGCCGCUGGUCUCAGCCUGACAGUAGUAUAUCGCUGCCUCAGAGACAAAGCAAACAUCGACCUCGAACGCGCCAAAGCUGAUCUCGCCACACGCUGUGAAACGCUCGAAUCCCUUUCGACAUACUGGUGGACCGCCGACGCCAUGGCCCGCCUAGGCCGCAAGGCGCUCAAAUCUCUCCAGCAACCCGGGGCUGGUCGUCACUCUAUCGUGAGUCUGCAGAACGACAUGGACGCAGAAGUGGGAGUAUGUAGAUACGGACCGUUUGACAACAAAGGUCGUCACCAACAUAGCCAUCACGGCGGCCCGCACAACGCAGCCAGCACCACCACAUCCACGUCUAAACCCACGCUGUCAGGGAACGCACUACAUGUCCUGUCGGAUGUAGCAGCUACACGACGCACACCUGGUGGUCCGUCUGGUCCCAAUGUCAAUCUCAAUGCUGCGUCACACAGCGCCCUCCCACCCACACCGACCUCCUCAAGCCACUUUGUCUCGCCAUCAAUGUCGCACUCGCACAAUGCCCAUCACACUGGGCCGCAGUUGUCAGACACAAUGACACCACGUGACGCAUCCCCCCAUUCGUCCUCUCACCGUUUCGACACAGUAGAGGAGCAGCAGCAGCCGGCUUCAGGUCAAGGCCAAGAGCAGAUCUCCGUCUCCCCGUUUGACCAGUACCAGUAUCAAUUCAACGAUCUAGACAAUCUGUUCGAAGGCUUCUUCGAUCUCAGCAUGCCUACUAUUUUCCAGGAUCCGCUAUUUGACGGCGACGCAUUCAUAAAUGCGGACCUUGGCCUUGGUGAGUUUGACCAUGUGGGUGCCGACGCCAGUGCUGCUGCUGAGGCUGCAAUUCCCAAUAUCGGUGUUGGUGUAGAUGUCGUUGGCAGCAGCACCAGCACGUAUAAUGCAGCAGCAGCAUCAGCAGGAGCAGCAGAAAUGUCAUCCUCGGCAACAAAACGUAAUAUGACGAACACAAUUUCGAACUCGAACUCUACUGUGCGCAAUCACGGAAACGGGAGCGGGAGUAUACUCUAUUCAGAACUCAAGUUUGAGAAAUAG